UAUAAAAUUUUUUCUGUAAACAAUUUCAUAACUUUUCUAUGUUAUAUACCCAAAGAUACCUUUUAAAAUCUAUGUGUCUAUAUUUCUAUGACUCAAUUUUAUUUCAAAAAUUUUAUUUCUGAUUAUUUUUCAAAACAAUAACUAUAAAACUUCUUCAAACUAUAUACUAUUAUCCCUCCUUUUAGCAAUAUAUAGUUGUGUCAUAGACUUAAACCAAAAUAUGAAUAGUCCCAUGUGUAAUAAACAGAUCAAACAUACUUGCAGAUUUUCUUUUAUUUUCAAACUUCUUAUUGGCACUCUAUCUUUUAAACUCUAUUAUCUGUGUCUUUCUCAUCUCCCUUGCUUAAAAGAAAAGCACUUUCAAACUAAUUUUGAAUUCUCAUUCUACACUUCUCAUAUUUUCUUCUAUUGGCUCUAAUCUCUAAUUCUACUCAGAUUCCAGAUUAUCUACAUGUACACCCAAACAAAUUUCAGUUUAUAAUUUUUAACUUCUUUAAUUCAUGUUCCUUCUUGAAUGUAUUAGAAUCCCAAAUAUUCCUGAUUUUCUUUUAGAAGUAAAGAGAGUUUCCCCUAGGGCCUUCUUCGGCUGCUAUUUUGGAGCUGAAUCAGUUCUCUUUGCAGAAGUGCAAAAAUUUAGCUGCCUGGGUACUUGGAUUAGGGAGAAGAAAGGCUAAACUCAAAAACCACUGCAGUUCCUGAAGCUCCAGAUCAUGGUAGUUCUUUUUAACCCCCUUCUCCAACUCAAGAUUACCAUGGGGGUGAAACUGAAAUUAUUAUAUGUUUUUACAGUCAUGUAAGAAUUCCCUAAAAUAGAUGAAGAUCAAGUAGGGAUUAAAGGUGACCCUGGUGCUUUACAUUUCUCAAUUUUCUAACAAAUCUCUGGUCUAAGGAAGCCUACAUUCAAUGGCAUAGCAGCAACAGCUGAAGUCACUGAGCAUUAGGAAAAAGCAAACCCCGACCCCAACCCGGGGCAGGGAGCAGUCUUUCCCAACAAAAGCUGCAGUGAGCACAGUUAAACGUACUCCCCAAAAGUUGAACUCUAAGGUGAAUAGCCAGCCACAUCUGUCUCUUGGUCCUGGAUACUGACAGUUCUUGCUAAGAUUCCAUGAGAAAAGCCCCUUUUCCUGGUGCCUGGGAUGUUUUGCAUCUUGUAUAAUUGAAAAUCUGUUACCCUAAAAAAGAACUACAUUUCCUGGGAGCCCACUGACUUCCUGUCAUUACAUACUUCUGUAGACAGAGGAUAAAGUCAGUGGGCAUUGAGGCUCUCCCUCUCUUUGACGUGCAGCUAGCAUGAUGAGUGGUGAGUGAGAAUUUUGAAAAUGGCUAAUCAGCCAUGGGCACGUGGUCUUUAUUUUGUAUUCUCAUUAUUCCUUGAUUUCAAAUGAUCAUUUUAAGAAAUAUCCAAAAAAUAUAUAAUUUUUACUAUUAUUAAGAUUUAAUGUUAAAAUUUAUGGUUGGUAACCAGAAGGGAUGAGAAAAACUCCAUUUCCUAGAUAAAUUUUUUUAAGCCAUGUUUCUCCUGCCUCGUUACACAAAGUUGGCUUCAGUGGGAGAAACCCAGUGAUAUUUCACCUGUAAUGAGGCAGCUUUGUUUCUGUAAGGGAGAAUGUCAAUGUUUAUCCGUAACCUGCAUAAACUUCUCAGAAGAAGAGACAAGCUGGGAGACUACUCCAUCUAUUUUUCUCAACCUCGUGUCUCACCUGACCCCAAAACCCUUUUCCUAGGAAUUGAUAAAAAAAAAAAUUAUCUGCUUAGUGCUAGUUGCUAAAAAUUAAGGGUAAAUCCCAGAGCGGCCUUGGCUUCAAAACAAAAGAACCAAUCACCCUGCACAAAUCAUUUCAACCAUAGACAAAUUCUUAAUAUUUUAACUUAUUUUACCUGCUGCGUGCUCAAUUCCUAAUAUAAAUUUAACAUAUAACUUGGCAAAAUGAAGUGGGACACUUCACAAAUGAUUUCAAACACCUAGAAUUUUGAUUAUUAUAAUAAUUUAUUAAUGAAAGAGAGAAAUAAAGAAUUUGCCAGCUGGGGCAGAAUUCCCUAAUGGAAAAUUGCACCGGUCUGACAUUAAGGAACAGAUUAUAUAGGUUUCCAAGAUACAAGUUAUUUCUCUUCACAUACAGGUUCUUAUCUGACAACAAACAGACUUUAAUACAGGAAUUUGAGGUUGGAGACAAGAAGCCCAUCCUGAGGUUGUGAUCUAAGGAGUGUUUAUCUUUACUUAGUCAAAUGUUAGUUCGCUGACCCUUUGAUAUUCCUGAAAUUCCUCCUUGUCUCUUGCCACCCGAGCUAGCAGAAACCAGUUUGUUAUCUGCCUAAACAGUUUGAUCUUCUGGAGGGAAGGGAAGCCAGAUCUGUCCCCUAAAAAUGUGGACAGGGUCUAAUCUGCUUUGUCUCUUCCUAAUUUUUCCAUCUUUGGUCUUUUGGGGGCUACUUCAAAAGGAAAAAAGCAGAAUUUUAACUUACUGCAGUCUUCACUUAAGUUAGGUUUUAAAACAAAAUUAAAGACCUAUGAUGUAUUUAAAAUGUAUGGCUAUUAUGAAAGUUUGAGGUUAGCAGGAUUAAAGGAAAAGAGAUAUGAGUACACUUCAGUCCACGGUUUGAAAUAUUCCCACCAGCUUGGAUGGGGUCCCCGGUCUCCCCUCCCUGAUUCCCGUCCCCAGAGGUGGGCACACAGAAAAGAACCCCUUCUUGUAGUAGGACCCCCAAAUGGCACAUUGCCAAUCCUAUGACAGUUGCCAGUUAUUGGGUAAUUGUUUCUAACCACAGGAAUGCAAAUGAUGAGCCAAAUUUACAGGCCAUAAAGGUUUAUUGUGGGAGGGCCAGCUCACCACAUGUCAGAGGACCCCAAGCGCUGGGAGAGACCUCCGGUAACCUUGAGAUUCAGACAACUUUUAUACCAGUACAAAAAUAGCACAAAAUAGUCAAACCCCUCACUAAGGCCCUGCAAAGCAGUUAUUUCCUUCAUCCAAAACCUUAAUCCUCACACCAGAAUAUUCACAAAAGCCUGCCACAGUCAUGACUUCUGCUGUCUUAGAUUUACAAUUGUUAUUAUCUCAAGAUUACUGAUGACAUUAACAUCUAAUCAUCCUAUAAGGGGGUGGGAGAUUUUUGUCUCACUCAAUCGUUCUUCCUGCCCUUUGUUUCCCCAAAAGGUAUUUAAGACCCCCAAGCUCUGUUAGCCUUUGGAGAACCAUCUUUAUUUCAAUGGUUCUGUGUUUUUCCUAGUUAACACAGUCAUAGCUAGACAUUCAAAUUAACACUAAUAUCUCUUUUUCCCUAAACCAGGAAAAGGUUAAUAAUUCUUACCUUUCUAAUAGUGGCAUUAAAUUAAGUCCCAUUCUUUUCUUAGCCCUUCUACCAUGAGGCAGAACCUUUCUUUGCUCUUUUUUUUUUUGCAUUUAACUUUCAAAUAGGCUUCUAAUAAAAUUCCUUUUCCUAUUCGAAUUCGAUAUUUUUACCAUCUUUAUUCAAAUACACUUUUCUCUACCAUGUAUUAUUACUAUCUUUGCUAAUUAAUAAUCCAGAUUAUUUUCCUUGAAGAUUGCAUCACUUAAGCACUAUAUCUUUAGCACUUUUUAAACUAAUUCAUGUCAUACAUUAAUUUCAAAAGUCCGUAGUACAAUUUUGGUAAACUAAACACAUGAUUGAACAAAUUCUGAUAGCCAGAUUGUCUCAAGCAUUAAUUUACAUUAAAAAAAUAAAAUCAUUCUUAUCCCAAAGAUACAUAUUUUAGUAACAAUUCAUAACAGGCAUAUUUCAAAAGGAAUUUCCAUAUUUCAAACUACUGAUACAUGUUCCAUUUCAAAUUUACAGAUUUCAAACUUUUUUUCCUUCCUACUGUUCAUAACAUGUGAGAGCUUCCUCAUUAUUUCUUUACUAAGUCUAUGUCACUAUAAGUUAUAGAAUCACUCUCAUUAAGCAGUCACCCUUUUGUUUUACACCUUUUAAGUUUUGUAUAACCACUUAUGAACCUUAAAGCAAGCCUCCUUAACAAGCAGGCCGGUGACCUAUUUUCAAGAUUAAGAAAAACAUUAGUUAAAUUUUGAUAUACUCAGAUGAAAAACAUUUAUAAUUUCAAACAAAAACCCAUUCAAACCCUUUUAUUCACUUUUUAAGUGAAUAAAAUUUUUUAUGAUCAAAACAUACUCCAUGCUAAGGAGCAGAAUAGAAUGUAACCUGAGGCUGUAAAAAAAAAAAAAAAACCUUUUGCAACACUAAAUCAUCACUUUUUCAUCCAGACUGAAAUUGAGUUUAACAAGCAUUAUUAGAAAUUAGGUUGUUGAGGGGGCGGAGUCAAGAUGGAGGCUUAGCAAGCAGCAAAAGUUCAGACCUCAUGGAAGACUCUUCCUUACCGAUACAGACUGAAUGCUCCUAGGGUGCUGAAACCCAACCUGAACAACAGGACAGAAGCGGGGAACCCUCCUUCUGGACCCAAAAGGUACGCCCCCCAAAAGCCGGAAUCCAAGAAUACUCAGGGCUAAGGGGAAGGCAGAGGGUAGAUCCCAGGACCCCUCCCCCACAACCCAGAGCGCUGAGCCCGCAGCAACAGCAGCGGGAACCUUUGAGUGGCCAAAGGUGCUGGCUUGGAGGGUCUACCUUGUGAGCAGCAGGGGCCAGGCUCGGAGAAUCCAGCUUGGACAGCAGGGAGGAAGCCAGGGAGAGAGGGGGGAGAGUCCCUCCAUCGGGCUCCAGCCUCACUUUUGCCUCGGGGCAUAACCAGAUCAAUCCAGCCAAUUCAAUCAGAACUCCUCAGAGUUUAGGGAGGAGGGCAAAGGCACUUGUGGACAGUGGAGAAACAGCUAGAGAGAACUGGAGAGAGCCUGGGCGGCCCAGCCUUCCAGGUGUUUUCAGAGACUCAGUUUCAUACUGCAUACAGCCCAACCCACUUGAAUUAAAGCAAAAGCCUCCAGAGGACAGGGAAGCUAAUAUUCCUCCCCUAGAGACUGUACCAAGAGAUCUGACAAAGCUCCAAGAGGGGAGACUGACAGCCCCAAAACCAAAACAAAAUGAGAGGAGCAAGAGCACAGCCAAAUACCGGGAGCAAAGGUGGGGUAAACUCGAUCAAACAACAGAAAAAGAAGAAAGAAAUUACAAUAGACAGCUUCUGCACAGGUAAUGAGCAAAGAGCGAAUGAAACAGAGGGGGAGGGAACAACAAAGGAAAAAUCAGAAAUCCCAGCGAAUUGGAUACAGGCUUUGGAAGAACUCAAAAUGCAAUUCAAAACACAAUUAAGAGAGGCUGAAGACAAUUGGGAAAAGAACUUAAAAACUAAGAUAAGUCAUCCAGAAACAGAAAAUAGUGUCUUGAAAGCCAAAAUCAACCAGCUGGAAAAUGAGGCAAAGGAGAUGAAAGAUGAGGCAAAGCAGAUGAAAAGAUGAGGUGAAGAAGAUGAAAGAUGACGUCCAAAGAAAAUCCGACCAAAAGGAAAAGGACGACCAAAAAACUAAGGAUGAAAUCCAGUCUUUAAGAACCAGAAUACAACAAUUAGAAUCGAGUGACUUCACAAGGCAGCAGGACUCUAUAAAACAAAACCAAAAGAAUGAAAAAAAUUGAGGAAAAUAUGAAGCAUCUCAUUCACAAAACAGAGGAUUUAGAAAAUCGUUCAAGGAGAGACAAUUUAAGAAUUAUGGGCCUACCAGAAGACCAUGACAAAAGAAAAAGCCUGGACAUUAUAUUACAGGAAAUUAUUAAAGAAAACUGCCCUGAAAUCCUUGAACAAGAGGGAAAAGUGGAGACUGAUAGAAUCCACAGAUCACCUCGUGUACUUAAUCCCCAACUGACAACACCCAGGAAUGUUAUAGCUAAAUUCAAGGACUAUCAGACCAAAGAAAAGAUAUUACAAGCUGCCAAGAAGAAGUCAUUCAGAUACCAAGGAACCACAGUGAGGAUAACUCAGGAUCUGGCUGCAUCCAUACUGAAAAAAAGAAAGGCAUGGAAUACGAUAUUCUGGAAAGCAAGGGAACUAGGUCUACAACCAAGAAUCAACUACCCAGCAAAACUGACUAUAUUCUUACAGGGGAAAUUAUGGUCAUUCAACAAAAUAGAAGAAUUUCAAGAAUUCGUAAAGACCAGACCUGAACAGAAAAUUUGAUGUCCAAGCAAGAGAAUCAUCAAAAGGUGCACAAGGAGGAAGUCUCCCCACCUUGGGGCUCCCACCCCCUGAAGAAUCACAGUCUAGCCCAAGCAGAGACCCUGGAGCCAGAGGGAAUGGCCCCCGGGACCCUGAGGCCCUUUUCCCAGGGGUCAAUAACAUUCAAGGAUGUGGCUGUGGACUUCACCCAGGAGGAGUGGUGCCUGUUGGACCCUUCUCAGAAAGAGCUGUACAGGGAGGUGAUGCUGGAGAAUGUGCAGAAUCUACUCUCUGUGGAGGCAAAGACUAAUUUUGACGUGAAGAUGUCUACAAAGCUGAGCUUUUUUGUGGAAGGAUCUGGCCCUAUAGGAGGCAUGAAUAAGGAUCCCUGUGACUUCAUUUUGAGAGAAACCUUUGACUGUAAUAUCAAGGUAAAUAAGAAUCGAAAGAGUGACUAUGAAUUUGAUGAAAUUGCAAAGAAAUUCAGCCAACAUUCAGUUCUAAAUCAGUAUAUGAAAUUGACAUCAGGAAAUGACUGUUGCAGUGAUAGUGAAUACAUCAAAUGCUUUCCUGAAAAAGAAGGAUUUAGUCAGUCACAUGAGAAACCUCCUGAAAUGCUCAUGUAUCAAGAUAACUUAGAGAGAAUCACCUAUGACUUGAGUUUAGACCUCACAAGACAUAUAAAGAGUAAACACAUAAAGAUGUUUUCUAUGAGUAAUAAAGGAGUGAGGCGUUUCAGUCAAAACUCUGAGCUUGGUUCAUAUCAAAUAAUCCACUCUGGAGAGAAACCUUAUGAAUGUAAACAGUAUGGAAAGGCUUUCAGACAGAGGGGAAAUCUUGCUAAGCAUCAGAAAGUUCACACUGGAGAGAAACCUUAUGAAUGUAAACAGUGUGGAAAGGCUUUCACAGAGAGGGGCUAUCUUGCUGCACAUCAGAGAAUUCAUACUGGAGAGAAACCUUAUGAAUGUAAACAAUGUGGAAAGACUUUCAAACAGAAGAGCCAUUUUGCUGGACAUCAGAAAAUCCACACUGGAGAAAAACCUUAUGAAUGUAAACAGUGUGGAAAGGCUUUCAUACAGAGGGGCAAUCUUGCUGUACAUCUGAGAAUUCACACUGGAGAGAAACCUUAUGAAUGUAUAUUAUGUGGAAAGGCUUUCACAUGGAGGAGUGAUCUUGCUAAGCAUCAGAGAAUCCACACUGGAGAGAAACCUUAUGAAUGUAAACAAUGUGGAAAGGCUUUCACACGGAGUGGCCAUCUUGCUGUACAUCAGAGAAUCCACACUGGUGAGAAACCUUAUGAAUGUAAACAGUGUGGAAAGGCUUUCACACAGAGUGGCUAUCUUGCUGCACAUCAGAGAAUUCACACUGGAGAGAAACCUUAUGAAUGCAAACAAUGUGGAAAGACUUUCAAACAGAGGAGCCAUCUUGCUGGACAUCUGAAAAUCCACACUGGAGAGAAACCUUAUGAAUGUAAACAGUGUGGAAAGUGUUUCACAGAUAGGGGCAAUCUUGCUGCACAUCAGAGAAUCCACACUGGAGAGAAACCUUAUGAAUGUAAACAGUGUGGAAAGGCUUUCACAGAUAGAAGCUAUUUUGCUGUACAUCAGAGAAUCCACACUGGAGAGAAACCUUUUGAAUGUAAACAAUGUGGAAAGGCUUUCACAAGGAGGGACAGUCUUGCUGCACAUCAGAGAAUCCACACUGGAGAGAAACCUUAUGAAUGUAAACAGUGUGGAAAGACUUUCAAACAUUGGAGCCAUCUUGCUGGACAUCAGAAAAUCCACUCUGGUGUGAAAUCUUAUGAAUGUAAGCAAUGUGGAAAGGCUUUCACAGCAAGAGGCCAGCUUGCUGUGCAUGAGAAAAUUCACACAGAAGAGAAACCUGAUGAAUGUAAUAAAUUUGGAUAGCCUUUCUCUUAAUGCUCCACAGUUGCUUCAUGUCAUAAAAUCCCCACUGGAGAGAAACCUCAUGAGUGAGGCUGAACUCAUAUUUGCCACUCUUAGCUUAUUUAACAUAAGAGGAUCCACACUAGCAAGAAACUUUAGGAAUAUGAUCAAUGUGGUAAGGCCUUGACAAUAAUCAUCCCUUAUUCCCAAGCAAGAAUUCCAUUUGGAUAGAGAUCUUAUUCCUGUCAUCAAUGAAGAAAGACAUUGAAAUGGAGAUGCCAGAGCUUGUUCAAUAUGAGAAAAUGUCUUCUGAACAGACCAGUUCCAGAUGGAUUUCCUGUAGGAAGGCUUUUAGCCAGAGUCAUCUCUUUAUAUCAGGGAAUUCAUAGCGAGGGGAAAAAACAAAACAACGUAAUGUAUAUGCUCAAGUUUUUGUGCUUUCCUCAGGAAGAGGGUGAUCACUAUCUUUUGGAGAAAUGCAAAUGAUAACAAGUUUGAGGGACUAGCUGAGAAAUAUUGGUCAAGAGAGUCUGCAGUCGUAAAGUACAAAUGGAGGUGACUGUGGAAUGAAAAGCAAGAAAAGGAAAUUGAGCAGAAGGAGGAGAAGAAACAGGCAAAAAGACUAUAUAGCUGAAAAGACAAUAGAGUUUGUAAAGACUGUGAAAAUUUGUAAAUAUGAAGAGGACAGAUGGGAAACAGGACAGAUGAAGUGUGCCGAAAAACAUAAACAUUCAUAUUUUAGUGCAUGCAACAUAAACAUACAUGAAAGCAAGAAGAGAUUUUCAUCAGUCAACUUGAGAAGAGGAACUUGGGGAAGAGAGUAAGUAUGUGCAUCCAACACUACACAAAAUAGAGUACAUGGCCAACAAUCUGAUAUAUAUAUUUACAGACCCCAUGUAGGUAAAUGGGAGUAUUUUUGGUGGGGGAAAAUUGAUGUGUAAAUAAGUAUACAUUUAGUAUUAGCUUUAUAAGGUAUUAAGUAAAUAGAAAUAUCUAUAGCUUUUAUCUACAGAUUAAUAUCAGGGCAUAGAUUGGAUUAAAAACAAUGAUUAAUAUAAUUGUAUAUAUGUAAAUGCAUAUCUACAUAUUUAUACAUAUUUGUAACAGAAUUCUUGUAAUUAUGUACAUAUUUAUUUUUAAGUAUAUAGCAUAUGGAUAAAGAUUAUAUAGAAUAGGAUAAGGAUUUUAGUUAUCAAGUUAAUGUAACAGUUUAGGUAUAGGGUUAUAAGUUAGCAUAACGAAUAGAAUAAUGGUUUUUGAAUUGUUCAGAUAAGAGUUUUUUUAAACUAUAAUUUGCAGAAGUUUUUUUUUUAUUUCUCAGUGAGUUGGAUGUGAAAGCUGAGGCUAAUGUGUUUAUUGUAAUUUUUUAAUGGUUUCCUAUUUUUAUACAAGUCUGCUUUUGAGUUGGAUAAUAGAUAGAAUGGUUAAUUGUAUUAGUUAGUAUUUUAAGAGUUUGAUGGAAAACUGAUUAGAAAUAAGAGUAUCCUAAUGUUAGAAUUUUGUAUUGUUUUGGAUUUUGUAGCAAUGAUAGGAUAUAGUCAGAUGUUUGUAUAGUUUGAACUUUGCAAAUAUUUUGUUGAGUUGAAACUUUGUAUUGUUUUGUAAACCCUACCCUUACCCUUCUUUCCUUGGGAGACAUCCUGAGAAGAGCUAUAGUUAUAAAUAGGAGUAGUAUACAAAGAGUAGGGGUGAUUUAUUCUUUUGGGGUUAGAUUAUAGUGUAAGUACAUAACAAGGUAAGUAUUUAAAGGGUCACAUAAUGGGAACCUGGUGGGUUCUACAUAUGUGAAAGGGGACAACUGAAAGGCAGGAAUUUGGAUAAAAUAUGAAGGGCCAGAGAUGAGGAUACAGAAGUAUGCUGGAUGCAAAAAAUAGAAUGUAAGAAGGAGCUUGGAAUUCUUAGUGAGGGGUUCUGAUAGCCUGGACUGACAGUUGGGGGAGAGUGAGGAAGACACAGCUCCUGACCUGAACUCUCUCCAGAUCAAGUGGGAAAGUCUACCCAAAUUGCCUACUUUGGUUCUGGUUGUUCCUGAUUGAUCUUAGGCAUCUCAUUGACAUCUGUUGACUCCGAAGAAGACAUUAAUAGUGAAAUUGACAUGGACUUCUGAGUUACCUCAAGUGGACUCAGUCUACAGACUGGUGGCUAGGUUAUUUCAAUCACCAUCCUCCUGAUAGAUCAAAUUAGCUCUGACCUCAAUUCAAAGACUGUUUGGAUGGUCUUAGACUAGUUUAUUUAGACAGGAAGGUGAGAACUAGACAGAGAAGAAGGCAGAGUGGGUCCAACAGUGUUGACCACCCAAGAGAUCCCGGGAGAUCAGGGGGAACUGGGAUAGGUAGAUAUGGGAAAAUAUUAGUGACUUUCUUAGCCCCAGAUCCUCCCUAAACUCCUCAGUACCAACUCUAAUAAAUACUUUUGUUUAAAAGAAAGUCAGAUCUCCUUUGUCAGUGAAUUCCAUGCCUGAGGACAUCUAUCUUGCCCUUAGGCCAGGGAUGAGCAGCUAAACAGAUUCAAGACUCAACUAACCUUAUCACUGGUCCAAAUUACCAUCUUAGGGGAAUGGGGGAGACAUUCUCUCCUCUGGGGGAGGGCAAAGCUCCUCCUAGGCUCCUGGUCCAGACAGAGCUGUCCCACCUGACCAGGAAACUUUCCUGUUCAUCCUUUUUCUAUGGUCCUUUAAAGGGAUGGACUGAUACACAGACACUCAGAUACACAGAGAUAUGUGAAUUUUAAAAGUCUCCAUCUUGGUAUAGCACCCAAAAAUUGUGCACACCCACACUACACGGGCAUGUGCUAGUCAAUGACAAAUCAGAAAUAACUAACUGCCCACCUGGGCUGUCCUAAGCCAAGCUAGAGCCAACCGUUGGUACUUGUGAGACACAGGAAGUGAGGUAGGGAACAGCCUCUGAAAUUCGCACACUUCCUGUGGAGAGAGCUAGACAGGAGUUCGUGUUAGAAGCUUGGACAGGGAGGACCCCCGCAGACAGCUUUCCUUCAGAUCGGUCACGUGAGUUAAGGACUGAUUCUUUCCAUGUUGGCCCUUUGGGCCUAAAACUCCCUCUGCCUUGGUCAGAGGUUGAGUAGCCCCUUUCCCUUUUCUCCUCUCUCCUUCUCUCCCUCUUCUUUCCCUACUCCCAUUGUGAUUAAACCUCCAUAAACUCCA